AUGAAACUAAAAAGAGAUCAUAAUGAGCUAACAAAGGCAGACGGCGCUACAGAGAUAGUGAAAGAAUUGGAGACUCAGGCCGUGAAGAUUGCUCUUCCUGAGGAAUAUAGCGCUAGACAUGAAGAAAAAUUUAACACAGCCUGUCAAUACAUAUUGGGGGUAGAUCCGUCGCUUUUGCCCUUUCUGAAAGAUAAUGAAUUCACGCUGUAUUCAAAAAAGACUCAGGUUUCUAACACACUUGAGGACUAUUUUACUAGACUGGCAAGUACAAUUUUAUCUCAGCAGAUUAGUGGUCUAGCAGCAAAAAGUAUCAAGGCAAGAGUUGUUGACCUUUAUGGUGGCACAUUUCCGGACUACAAAGUGCUUUUCAAGGACUUCAGAGAUCCAGUAAAAAGCGCAGAAAUUGCCAAGUGUGGCCUAAGUAAAAGGAAAAUAGUGUAUCUGGAAUCUCUCGCUGCCUAUUUUGCUGAGAGUGAUAGGGAUAUUGAAAAGCUUUUCGGUCAAGAAGAUAACGAUGAGGAAGUGAUCAACAGCCUAGUCACGAACGUGAAGGGCAUAGGCCCAUGGAGCGCUAAAAUGUUCUUAAUAUCCGGACUAAAGCGAAUGGAUGUAUUUGCCCCGGAAGAUCUGGGUAUUGCCAGGGGAUUUUCAAGAUAUCUUUCAGAUAAGCCAGAACUAGAAAAGGAACUGAUGCGUGAAAGGGGAGUCGUGAAAAAAAGUAAAAUAAAACAUAAAAAAUACAACUGGAAGAUAUAUGAUGAUGAUGUAAUGGAGAAAUGCUCUGAAAGGUUUGCUCCUUACAGAUCUGUGUUUAUGUUCAUACUGUGGAGACUCUCGAGCACCAAUACCGAGGCUAUGAUGAAGGCAGAAAAGGAUUUUGUAAAGUCUUAG